AUGGUUCGACUACGCGAGAUUCCUCGCACUGCCGCCUUUGCGUGGUCGCCCGGCUCAGCUCCGCCAUUGCUCGCUACUGGAACCCGCGCUGGUGCCGUCGACGACGACUUUUCCAACGAUACCAACUUGGAGCUGUGGGACUUGCAGCUAGACCAGGUUGAUGCCUCGCCAGACUUGUCUCCUGUGGGAACAAUCUCCACAGACUCGAGGUUCUACGACAUCGCAUGGAGCCAGCCUACCGCCGAUCGCUUUCGUGGUAUCAUCGCUGGUGCUCUUGAGAAUGGCUCGCUCGAUCUCUGGGACGCCGAGAAGCUUCGCUCCAGCCCCUCCGACUCGUUCAUGUCCAGAACAACAAAACACUCUGGAGCCAUCAAGACUGUUCAAUUCAACCACUCGAAACACGACCUGCUUGCGACUGCUGGUGCCAAGGGAGAGCUGUUCAUCUACGACCUGAACAACAUUGCGAAUCCCUUCAGACUGGGUGGAGGUGCUGCAAGAGCUGAUGACUUUGAGUGUUUGGAUUGGAACAAGGGCUCCAAGGUUCCUCACAUUCUGGCUACUGGUUCAAGUGGAGGCUUCGUCACUAUCUGGGAUGUCAGACAAAAGAAGGAGAACUUGACAUUGAACAACUACGGUCGUAAGCCUGUUAGUGCUGUAGCCUGGGACCCCGAUGUUGCGACCAAGCUCAUGACAGCCAUCCCCAACGAUCAAGAUCCUCUGAUCUUGAUGUGGGAUCUGCGCAACUCCAGUGCUCCCGAGCGCAUUCUCCGUGGUCACGAGCUUGGUGUUCUCUCUCUGUCGUGGUGUUUGCAAGACUCGAGCUUGUUGCUCUCUGCCGGCAAGGACAACCGCUCAGUCGCGUGGAACCCUCACACUGGCGAGUCAUACGGCGACUUCCCCGUCGUCACAAACUGGACCUUCCAGACCCGCUGGAACCCUCACAACCCUGGACUUCUUGCUACCGCCUCAUUCGAUGGCAAGAUUGCUGUCCAAACUAUUCAGAACACAAAUUCGAAGAACGAAGAGAAGACUACUGCUCAACAAGCUCUAGACAGCGAUGACUUUUUCAACCAGGUCCAGGAUCAGCCCCAGCAUGUCUCUUUCUCUUUGCCCAAGGCCCCCAAAUGGAUGGAGCGCCCCGCUGGUGUAUCUUUCGGAUUUGGAGGAAAGCUCGUUAGACUUGCUACCGACUCCGCGACAAGAAAAUCGACCGUCAGCAUCGAGACUUUUGCUGUCGACUCAGCCGUGACCGAGGCUUCCCAGAAGUUCGAAGAAUCGCUCAAAGGAGGCGACUUGGCCAGUAUCUGCGAAGCAAAGAUUUCGGCUGCAACCAACGAGGAAGAGAAGGCUGACUGGCAAGUCAUCGAAACAUUGAACGCUGGAAAGUCGAGGAAGAAGCUGAGGGAAUAUCUUGGCUUUGCCGAUGAGACUGAGGUCGCCCAGAAGACAGCCAACCUUAACGUCAACGGCGACGUCGAGAAACCUGUUGAGGAGGAUGACAGCAACUUCUUCGGCAACGAUAACAACGCUGAUGGAGAAGAUGGCGAUAACUUCCUGGCAGAUCUUGCAGCGACCAAGGGUGCCAAGACCAACCAGCCCUUCCACAUCUUCAGUGGUGAAGAGUCGGACGCAGACAAGAACAUCACACGCGCUCUCAUGCUCGGCAACUUCGAAUCCGCGCUUGAUGUUUGCCUGAAGGAUAGUCGCAUGUCAGAUGCCUUCAUGAUUGCUAUCUGCGGUGGACAGAAGUGCAUGGACAAGGUACAGACUGCCUACUUGAAGCAAAAGGCCAAGGGUCCCAACUAUCUGCGUCUGCUUGCCUCGAUUGUUGGUAAGAAUUUGUGGGACGUUGUCCACAACGCUGAUCUCUCAAACUGGAAGGAGGUCAUGGCAACUCUGUGCACAUUCGCCGAUGAGACCGAGUUCUCAGACUUGUGUGAGGCUCUGGGUGACCGUCUCGAGGAAUCCCUGUCAGAUGCUACCGACAAGGGUACCCUGAGAAGAGAUGCAUCUUUCUGUUUCCUUGCUGGCUCAAAGCUCGAGAAGGUUGUCGCCAUCUGGGCUCAGGAGCUGCAGGAGAAGGAAAGCGCUGGCCUGGAAGCUUCAGAAGGCGAAACCAGCUUCUCUGUUCACGCCAGAACUCUGCAAGACUUCAUCGAGAAGGUCACUGUGUUCCGCCAGGUCGUCGGCUUCCAAGAUCCCGAUCGCCAGGCUAGCGAGAACUGGAAGCUUGCUCCUCUAUACACCAAGUACGCCGAGUACGCCGACAUUCUGGCCAGUCAUGGUCAGUUGCAAGUUGCUGAGAAGUACUUGGAUCUGCUGCCUCGCAAGUACUCUGGUGCAGAGGUUGCCCAGCAGAGAGUCAAGCUUGCCAACAGAACGAAGCCUGUGGUUCCUCAAGUCCAGAGACAACCCGCUGCUGCCGCUGCUCGUGCUGCCGCACCAACGGCACCUUACUCUGCUCCUACUCCUGCGCCUCUUGCUGCUGGAAACCCUUACGCACCCAGUGGGGGUAUCAUGUCAACACCUGCUCCUAUCGGUGGUGCAAAUGCUUACGCUCCUCCCGGUGCCGCUCAACCCGCGGCUGUGUCCAACCCAUACGCACCUCCCACGCAAGCAUACGCUCCUCAAGGAUACCAACCCCCGCAAAACUCGGCAUACGGCCAACCAGGACCCUACGGAGCACCGGCUGCUCCCAUGGCACCUCCUCGUGGUAUGACUCCCAGUGCUCUGCCUCCGCCACCCAAGAAGGGCGAGACACAACAGUGGAACGACCUUCCGGAAGGCUUCUCAAAGCCUGUUCAGCCUUCAAGAAGAGGCACUCCUGGAAUGGCUGCCAUGUCUUCCCCUUUCCCUAACGCACCUAUCAUGUCACCUCCACCUGCUCCCGGCAGCGCGUAUGGCCAACAGCCUGCUGCUGCUCUUCCACCGCCACCACCAAAGGCAGGACAGAUGACCCCUCGUGUUAUGUCGCCGCCUUCAGGUCCUCCGCAGAUUCAACGUCCCAUUUCGGCUGCCUCAAAUGCCUACACCCCAGCCCCAGGACAACAAUCAUCUGCCCCAGGAUUGCCACCACCGCAAGCUCCCCCACUCGGCCGCGGUCCUUCGUCUUACAACCCUCCUCCUAACGCGACUGCAACCGGCCCAGCUAGCAACCGUUACGCACCGGCACCUGGAUCACAGCCUACACCUGCAGUUGGUGGUCUGCCACCACCACGUAACGUUGCUCCCAACCCCUACGGUGCCCCAGCACCAUCGCCCUACGCACCCGCAGCUUCAGCAUACGGCGCAAGAGCACCGGUAGCACCUUACGGUCAAGCACCUUCGCAAUCGCAACCUCCCGCUCCACAAGCAAUCCCACCUCCGCCACAGGGACCUCCUCGUGGUCCUCCACAAGGCCCUCCCAGAGCCACACCACCUCAAGCCGCACCAUCUCAAGCUGCGCCCCCUCAAGCGACACCUCCGCCAGCAGCUGCACCUCAACAAUUGCCUUCGCGGCCCACGACCGCACAGUCGCAGCGCUCUGCACCUGCAGCUGCCAAAUACCCUCCUGGCGACCGCACCCACAUGCCUGCCAACGCGACACCUGUCUACGAGAUUCUCUCGGCAGAUAUGGCACGCGUAAAGUCCCGCGCACCUGCCUCCUUCACCACCCAAGUCAACGACGUGGAGAAGCGCCUCAACAUCCUGUUUGACCAUCUCAACAAUGGGACGCUUGUCAAGCCUGACACUAUUGCCAUGUUGGCGGAGAUCGCACAGGCACUGCAAGCUAGGGAUUUCGAGCGUGCGACUCAAGUGUUGAUGGAGAUGAUGAAGGUGAAGUUGGAGAGUGAAGGUGCGAACUGGAUGGUGGGUGUCAAGAGGUUGGUUGCUAUGAGUAAGGCUACCCCUGUGUAG